AUGCUUGUCGCAAAGGUCCAAUCUGACCGGGCCAGGAAUGAUCUAGCACAGAGCGCCAAAGGCCACCAAAAGCCUCGAGAAACCGUUAGAAAAAAGGACAAAUUGGCGGGAAAGGACGCGCCUCCUGACGGCCAUGACCAAGUAGAGGCUUUCCGGGCAAGCAGGGCCGCCGCUUUGGCCUUUGCCCGGGGCCCCCACCACAGGUCCAGCGGUUCGAUUUUGGAGGCCACUUGGAAGAGGUCGACCGUCGUCGCAAUGGUCACGAAACGCGUGGAGCUCUUGCAUAUGAACACCAUAUGCAGGGAGUUCACGCAGGUUCUGGGAGACGAGGAAGAAACCAGGAUAGCCUUGCAGCGCAAGCAAGCCAACGAGGCGGAUACAUGGCGCGAGAUGUGCUCUAUGUCGGCUGGAAUGGUGCAGCAAGUGGACUCAUCGUCGUCGCCAGAAACAGCGCAGAGAGGAGAUGGGGCAGGGAAUGACGUGAACAUGCACAUGAAGCUCAUCGGACACAUCAAGGAGAGUGGCGGCGGCAAGACGGGUGACGAGGACGACGAUGACGACCAUGAGAGUGAAGACACCGACCUACCACAGGGCACCAGGUGGAUCGUGCACCCCAACGCACAGCCGAAGAUCAAGUGGGACCUGAUGGUGGCCUUGCUAAUCGUGUACUCCACCCUUAGCGUGCCGUUCCGGAUCGGGUUUGAGGAGGAGGCGGGCGUGUUUGGGACGAUUGUUGACACGGUGGUUGACGUGGGCUUCACGCUGGACAUUGUGCUCUCGUUCCGGACCGCUUUCGUAGACGAGAACGGAGAAACUAUCGUCGACGUUCGAGAGAUCGGCCUGCGCUACCUGAAGGCCUGGUUUGCCAUCGACUUUCUGUCCACGGUUCCGAUAGACAAGCUGGCCCUGCUUGUUGCAGGAGGCAGCGGCAACGCUGUUCUACGGUCAACGAAGAUGCUUCGGAUCUUACGGCUCGUUCGGCUCUUCAAGCUUGUGCGACUUUUCAAGCUGCAAAGCAAAGUCGCAGGGGAGGAGGAGCGACCCACUAGGAUUAACCCCAGCGUGAUGAGCCUCCUGAAGAUGCUCGUCUACAUGACGUACAUCGCGCACAUCCUUGGGUGCAUGUGGCAUUGGCUAGUCACCUUCGAACCCGAAGGAAUCAGCUGGGCUUCGAAGUUUGGAGUCGAGGAGGCUUCCCUUGGCACUCGGUAUGUGGCUUCGAUCUACUGGGCCUUCACCACGAUGACGACGGUGGGGUACGGGGACGUCGUGGUCACGACGACGGUGGAGAGGUGCUUCUGCGUGGUCGGCAUGCUGAUCGGCGCCACUGUUUUCGGCUACAUCGUGGGUAACGUGAGCGUCAUGAUGGAGAGCUUCGACCUGAAGAGCGCGCUCCGCACGGAGAAGAUGGACAGGGUUAAGGAGUACAUCGUAUCAAGGCGUUUCCCGCAGAAGUUCAGCCGGCGCGUGCUGCAGCAGUACAAGUACCACUACAAGAAGAUCUCCGUGCUGGACAACUACGCCAUCCUCGAGAGCCUCCCCACGACGGCGCGGACCAGCCUGUUGUUCGCGCAGUACCACGACGCUGUGGAUCAGCUCUCCUUCUUGCAGAACAACCCGCCGAUUUUUGUGUCCAACCUUGUUGGGGCGUUGUCGGCUAGCUACGCCAAGCCCGGCGACGUGCUGUUCUACCAGGAGGAAGUGGCCUCUGACCUCUAUUUCUUGGUCACGGGCAAGGUCAAUCUCUUCGCCACCUUCAGCGCGAAAGUCACCGCCGAAAAGACUUUCUCGGAUGGAUUCCACCGCAGUACAAUGGGGCAUGGCGACCUGGAGGCGAACGUCACCGGCGAAGGUCCUUUCGCCGUCCAAACCUUCAGCUUCGCCAAGGUUUUCAAGGACUCUAGGAUCGGCGAGGUCGGCGUGAUGCUCGACGUGCAGCAGCCCAUUGCUGCGGUGGCGAUGUCGGUGUGCGACAUGUUUACCAUCGGCAAGGAGAACCUGCUGUCGGCUCUGGACGGCUUCGUGAAAGUGCAGGCGAGUCUCAUCGAGGACGCUGAGAAUUUCAUGAGGCGCCUGGACGAGUUCAAGAAACGCAAGGGGAUGGAGGUGGUGCCCGAAGAGUUGGAUAGCGAAGACACGAAUAGGAUGGGCCUCAUCGCGGAAAAGAGCGACAACGCACGGGCGGGGGGGGGAGGGGAAGGAAGCGGAGGGGGAGGAGGCGGGACAGGGGGGGGGGGGGCCCAACGAGUGGUGCCCUUGUCAACGGCGCGGGACAGCGAUGGGCGAGAGCGUAAGGGGGUGGGAAGCGCUGGCACGAACGCUGGAACAGGUGGCCCUCCGCCGGAAGCGACGUUGCCACCUCUAAAGCGCGUUUCGUCAAUGGCGAAGGCAGCGGCGGCAGCGGCGGCCGCAGUUGGAGGCGGUGAAAGCGGUGGCCCGCUGUCCCCGUCCGGUGCUCUGCCCGACGCUGGUGCUGGCGGGUUUGAACUCUCUCCGGCAUCACCAUCACCGAACGUUAGACACGUACGCGGCGCGCACGUCAAGCUCCGGGUUUGCAACACCAUAAAGCUAAGCCCGCUCGUGAGACUGGACGGUGGGCUUAACGAGGGCAGCGGCAUGAACGGCACCGGUGACAACGACCGAGGGAACGGCGGCAAUGCCGGUGGUAGCGGCGGCGGCGGCGGUGAUAACUUCACGGGUGGGCUUCUCGUGGCGUCCGUUUCCGAAUGCGACAGCGGUGCGUUUGGUGACGAAGAUAGCGGAAGCUGGCGGGAAGAAAGCGAGGGUAGCGAUAUCACCGACGACGAAGAUGACGAGGGAGAUGAGCUCAACGGUUCGAAAAGGCACGGGAGCUUGUACGACGCAAGGCCGCGCGUGAGAUCGGCGGCAUCGCAACAGUGCAUGGAGCUGCAGAACACCUUCGCGAGCGACGUGACGAUGGGGGGCAGCCCCGCCCAUUCCAGCCUCGCCCAGCGUAUGGCAGUGGCGAGAAAGUUUCGGAGUGGUUCCAAAGUGGCCCCGACGGAGGGACGGCCGUCGAUGAUUCUCCAUCGUGCCACUUCCGCAAGGAGUUUCGACCAGAUGAGCCAGCUCAGCCAUCGGGUGGACGACGACGAGGACGACGACAGCAGCAGCUCCGACUCAGGCGCAGACUCUGCGAGAACGAAUGACAGCGGUACUGCCAGUGGUGGUGGCACCGGCAAUGUUGGCUUGUCGGCCGUGGGAGAUGCCGACGAGCUCACUUUCGAAACAACGGGGAGCGGGAACGGUUCCGAAAGCGUGCAAGACGCGACCCCCCCCAACGUUCUUGCGGGGGGCGCUGCCAGUGGAAGCAUUCACCCGAGACAGGCGAGCGCGGCGGGACAAGUUCCAGCGGAACGUCCACGGUCACCGCCAUCACUGAGUUUGCUGCCCUUAAGGCCCCACGAAGUUAGCGGCGACGCUUCCACCGAUAACGGUGGGUCGCGAGGCGGGGAUUCGAGUGUUGGGGACAACAUGCCGGUGUCGAGGGAGAGAAGGAUAGUUACAGGCGAAUCAGCUGGUAGCGACCCUGAGAGUGGCUCUAGAAAUACCCCCGGGCCAUUGGGCGAAGCUACGGCGGGACGGGGACGGGUGGAGGGGUUGUUGCGGGGCGAGGGGGCGGCGGGGGCAGGGGGUGGCACUGGCGCGGGAGCGGGAGCGGUAGAGGGCGUGAGGCCGAGAAGAUCUCGUCGACAGAGCUUGAUGGCGGUGGCUCAGGCCGUCAGAAGAACGAGCAUGAAGCUGUUGACACCAAGCAGACACACGGGACAACGGCAAAGCGGCGGGCAGCGGCCCAUGAAGAAGAACACUACGUACAAGCAUCGGCAUAUGCAGGAAAAGCUGGACGAAAUGUCGAAGGCCGGCGAAGAGGAACCGAUCGAACACCUGAAGAAGAAGAACAUGAACUUCUUGAAUGUUCACCAGGAUACGAAAACGCGGAUUACCAACACAGCCGCGUCCGUGCAGCAGCUGGCUCUCAACGAGCUUAGCCCGCACGUGUUCUGGGGUCGGUUGCACGUUUUCCACCCGGACUCCAUGACGAAGGCUUUCUGGGACGUGUUUGUGGCGUUCUUCAUCGUGUUCUCCGUGCUGGAGGUCACUUUCCGGCUAGGCUUUGACUCGCCCGCGGAGGGAAGCUGGGCCAUUUUUGGGCACGUGGUCGACUGUUUGUUCUUCGUCGAUAUGUUGGUGAGCUUCGACACGGCGUACUGGGACGACGGCAACAUCGUCACCAGCAGGAAGCUGAUCGCGGGGGAGUAUCUCCGGACCUGGUUCAUCGUGGACUUCGUGUCAACCGUACCCCUUGACACGAUGUUCUCGAGGAUGUUGCUGAACUCCGACGCCUUGAGGAGCACGAAGCUGAUUCGGAUGAUCAGGCUGAUCCGCCUCUUCAAGAUUUUCAGACUGCUCAAGAUGUCGACAUUCUUUGAGCGGUACCAGGAGGCGAUGCAGAUGAAUCCGGCCGUCAUACGGCUGACCAAGCUCGUCAUCCUCAUGUCUUUUGCGGCGCAUCUUGCGGCGUGCAUGUGGUACGCGGUGGGGGCGCAUUCGAUCACGGCCGGGAGAAGCAGCUGGAUCCUGGAGUACUGUAUCAACGACGGGGAGUAUAGCAGCUGCUUGGACGACCAGGGGUUGGGGGCGAGUCUUGGUUGGUGUCUCCUGCCUAUGUCUUCUCUAACAUGGAGUCGUCACCUUGGGAGCACAGUCGCCACAAAAGCGAACAACGUUGCGGAGAUGUUGACAGCCUUGGUGAGCGAGGUCGCAGGCACGACCCUGUUCGCCUACGUGAUCGGAGCCCUGGUGACUAUCGUGCUAAACUUAGACCCGCAGACUCGUCUCCGAAAGCAAAAGGUGGAGUACCUGUCGGAGUACAUGCGCGAUUUUAACAUGACGCUGGUGCAGAAGACGGAGAUGAAGCGGCACUUCAACUUCAAGCUUGAGUUCAACUCGGUUUUUCCUGAGAAUGAGAUCCUGUCGAUUUUGCCGCCGUAUUUGAGAAUACCGGCGGUGCUCUACGCCUACCGGACUGCGGUGCCACGAUUACCCCUGCUGUGCAAGAUUGAGAUGUCCUACCCUGGAUUCUUGGCAAUGAUGCUGCCACGCUUGAAACCGGGGGAGUACGUGAAGGGGGACUUGAUCGUUUCUCGUCGCUUGGCUGCGCAAGAGAUGGGCUUCGUCCUGCACGGGGUUUGCGAGGAAACGUCCGCCGAUACAGGGGAAACCAUCCAGAACUACCGGUAG